CAAGCCAGCAUUCAGGCUGCCGUCGCUGCCGUGCUGCGUAACACACCACAGGGCAGGAUACUCCAGUGAUGUGGAGAUGGAAUCCACCUCCUUUGUCAGAAAUAUCUUCAACGGGCAGCUUGUACCCGACAAUGUUUUCCCUUUCCCCUCUGCUCUCACAGAGGAGGAAAUGCAAUCCCUGCGAGCCUUGCUAGGUCCCUGCACCCGCUUCUUUGAGGAGAUUAACAAUCCUGCUGCAAAUGAGAAGCUGGAGUCCAUUGAGGAGGCCACCUUGGCAGGGCUGAAAGACCUGGGAGCCUUUGGGCUGCAGGUGCCUGAGGAGCUGGGAGGCACUGGGCUGAAGAACAGCCAGUACGCUCGCAUAGUGGAAGUAGUGGGACUGCAUGACCUCGGUGUGGGCAUCAGCCUCGGUGCGCACCAGUCCAUCGGCUUCAAGGGCAUCCUGCUCUUUGGGACUCCGAGCCAGAAGGAGAAGUACCUGCCCAAGCUUGCCUCUGGGGAGACCACAGCUGCCUUCUGCCUGACGGAGCCCGCUAGCGGCUCGGAUGCAGCCUCCAUCCGGACAGUGGCCGACCUCAGCCCCUGUGGCAAAUUCUACACCCUCAAUGGAGAGAAGAUCUGGAUCAGUAAUGGAGGGAUAGCUGAGAUCUUCACUGUGUUCGCCAAGACACCAAUAAAAGUAGAAGCAGGUGAAAUGAAAGAAAGAAUUUCUGCUUUCAUUGUCGAGCGAGCAUUUGGGGGAGUAACCAGUGGCCCUCCAGAGAAGAAGAUGGGGAUCAAGUGCUCCAAUACAGCUGAAGUUCACUUUGAUAACGUGAAAGUGCCUGCAGAAAAUCUGCUGGGGGGACUUGGGAAAGGCUUCAAGGUGGCAAUGAACAUACUGAAUAAUGGCCGUUUUGGGAUGGCAUCUGCCCUGGCAGGGACCAUGCGAGGAGUGAUUGUCAAAGCUGCAGACCAUGCUGCUAAUCGCACGCAGUUUGGAGACAAGAUAAGCAACUAUGGGGCUAUUCAGGAGAAAAUUGCCCGGAUGGCCAUGCUGCACUACGUCACAGAGUCAAUGGCCUAUGUGCUGAGCGCCAACAUGGACAUGAAGGUGACUGAUUACAAGCUGGAAGCUGCUAUCAGCAAGAUUUUUGCUUCAGAAGCAGCCUGGCAUGUCACGGACGAGGUCAUCCAGGUUCUCGGAGGAAUGGGAUACAUGCAGGAAGCAGGCAUUGAGAAGAUCAUGAGAGACUUGAGGAUUUUCCGCAUCUUUGAGGGCACCAAUGAUGUUCUCCGGCUGUUUGUGGCACUGACAGGGGUUCAGUACGCUGGGGGCUGCUUAAAGAACCUGCAAAAAAGCAUCAUGAACCCACCCGGGAAAGUGCGUGCUGUCCUCAGAGAAAUUGGAUGGAGAGCGAAGCGAAAAGUAGGGAUCCCUUCUGGCUUCUCUCUCCAGGGACUCGUUCAUUCAGACCUCGACAGCAGUGCAGUCCAGCUGAUGAAGGCUGUAGACCUGCUGGGGGAAGCUGUAGAGACCCUCCUCCUGAAGUUUGGCACCAGGCUAACAGGGCCAGCCGAGCCUUAUCUCUGAAACAAGCAUCUGCAGAACAUGAGAAACUCCUGUGCCGGACCUGGUGCCACGAGUACAGACACAGCUCCCUGGACAGCUAUGUGUGUGGGGAUCUCACCUCUGCUGAGCACGGUGUGAGGCCUUCUUCUGCACAGUUCAGAGCAUCCUGUCUGUUACCCAACUCUCCUUGCAUAACCCCUGGGACCAGCUGUUUUCACAGAUGACUGCACUGCUGUCAAAUUUGUUUGCUGGGCACCUGUUGGAAAAACUGUCAUGUCAGCUCCGAAUUAAUUGCACAGGCAUCUUUCACUUGUAAUGAGAUUUAAA